GUUCCGCGUUUGGCCAGACACAAGAAACCGGGGUAGCUUUUAAAUGUAAACAAGGACAUUCUAGGCUCGACACGACCAGCCAGCUCCUCACCCCUGCGCGCAUCCCUUGAAAUUGAAUCCGCUGCUCAUAUCAAGAACACCAAUUGUACUGAUAUAUAACACCCUCGAACGCGUAAUUCAACCGAUUCUUAUACGAAACUUGACUGCAACAGAUUAUCAUGGCUCCCGUACGGCCACAAAAACGCAAAUCUCCUUCGCCGCCGAGCACUUCCCCGCGGAGGAGUCCUAUAAUCAAGAAGCGCAAAAUAGGCAUCACGCUUUCUCAGAAGCAGGCACUGAUUGACAACCUUCAGCUAGAAAUUACCGAACGCGCGCGGCGCUUAAGGGCUCAGUAUAACAUACAAGCACAGCAGCUGAGAUCACGCGUAGAAAUGCGCGUCAAUCGUGUUCCAACGACACUACGAAAGCUUAGGAUGGAGGACCUUCCCAAGAGGACACUUAACUCACAAAACACUCGGCUCGCACCCAGGCCUCAGUAUGUAAACAAGCCUCCGCCGGUCCCAGCAAAGGAUGGCACAUCGCCUAAGCCUAUCCCCCGGAAGCCAGUGCCUACGGCCAGCCCGGUUCGCGGGUAUAAACGGUUGAGCACCGAGAUUUCUGGCGCGGACAAGGAGAAUCAAGGCGAAGCUAUCGACAACCCUAAGAAGAGAGUACGGGGCGCGCCUGCGAUAUCAAAGCCGCCGGUUCCAGCAUCAGCAAUUCUGUCACCAACAUCAUCAAAUACGCGUGUUCUCCCUAGAGACCGGCCGGCUUCGCCUACAAAAUCUAUAAUCAGCCGGCCUGCAUCACCUAUGAAAGCACCAGCACACAAAGCUUCUUCAAAUAUCCUUUCAAGUAUAGUAGAAAGAGCCAAAUCUACGCGACCAGCAACCACCGCGAGGAAAGCCACCGCCUCCUCAACAGCAAGCUCCAGUGCUGGAACUACCGCGACGACAGCAACCGGCCGGACACGCAAAGCAGCAGCGCCACCACCAUCUACUACCGCUACUCGGGGUAAACGGAAGGCCAGUAUGGCCAGCGAAUCGAGCGAGGCAAGUACCGCAACCGUGGUAAAGAAGAAAACGGCUGCCUCGAGAACGAGAGCCGCUCCCGCCGCCAAGAAGAACGUGAUGAGCACAAUCAAAUCGGCCACAACGAAGACCGCCCCAGCAGCAAAAGCAGCCCCGGCGGCGCCAACAACAAGGAGGACGCUAAGGAAACGGGGACCUUAGAGUGAUGGCCUAGGUAAACGACGGUUUGCAUGUACACAAGAAAGGAUUAGGCGCACGGCGUUCGGCUAGGGACCACGGGAUAUCAUCAGGCCGGCUAAACGGCAUCACAUUUGCCUCGGG